UCAAAUUUUAACCGAUUAUAAUCUGAUUUUUCUUUAAAUAUUUUUACAUGGGUGAUUAUUUCAUUUUUUUCGAGCAUCUGGCUUUAACUUUCCUAAGUGUGGUGUUUAUGACGAUGGCUGCCACUUGGUAGAGUUCAUCCGAAAUCAUUUUGAAGAUGAUCUAGUACGCACACCAGCAUCGACACUAUUAUAUGAGACCAAAUUUAGUGUCGAUAGAACACACUUUAAAGGACACGUAGGACGAUGGUGUCGAGCGCAUAUGAACCCUUAGAAAAACAAAAGUAAACAUUUCUUAACCUAAACGAUUGUCACAUUAACUUCUUAUAUGAUUAGUGCUGGAUAACAUUAACACUCAAGCAGCAGAACAAUUAUUCAGUUGGGUCAAAACCAACUCAAAUAUUCUUAGCACUCUUGGUUGGCGUAGAAUGCCAAUUUAUUUAUUAUUAAUAUUUCAUUAUAAAAACUUAGAACGUGUCGGAAUACGUCCAACACGUAUAUUUAAUAUUAUUUCUUCAAUUCCAAACGUUCCAACAAUUAGUCUCGCUUAUAUGGCAGACGUUAAACAAGUUCAACAACAUGAGGUACAAACACAACUUCGACAAUUAGUGAAUGUUAAAAAGUCAAAUGAUUCCUCCGAUCCAACAUCAACUAAAUCAACAGCUGAUGCUGCAUCUCAGAAGUCCAAAAUGGCUACGACUUCAGUAAGUAUUUUAAUUGAUUUAUUAAUUAAUUUUGUUAAAGCAAUUAUCUUAAUAUUACAGUCAUCAUCAAGAAGAUCAACUCGUUCAAGAAAUACAACACAAGUAUUACCAUCAGCAAAUGUCCAACUAGAUUGUUCAAGUGAUAGUGAUCUUGACGAUGAAGACUUCGAUGCUCUUGAAAAUGCCGAAGAAUUAGAAAGCAUACGAAAACAAUUAAAUCGAUAA